CGGUGCUUGUUUCGGUCGAGCAGCAUGCCGCCUGCCGACGACCACCUUCGCGGUCUGCUCGAAUUGGUUGCCCCGGACAGUCUUUCCGUGAACGGCAAUGAACUUGACCACGCGAGCCAAGCGGAGCGCGACGCCGCAUCGCAUGCUGUCACACUGACGAAGCCAGGCGAUGUCAUCCUUGUAACUUCUGGUGGAUUCAUUUACUCCACGGGGCGAUACCUGACCCAGCAGCCAUGGGAUCAUGCCUUGCUGGUCGUGGAUGCCACGAAAGCCCUUCAUGUGGGCUUUCCUCGCGUGUGCUACGUCUCCUUGGAGCGCGUGCUGCUUCCCAAGCGUCAGCCAGCCAUCUACCGCGUCCCGACCAUCCACGACUCACCUUCUGCACAGUCACUUAUCCAAAAAUACGCCGAGCUCAUGCAAGACACCCCAUACGAUAUUGCGCGGGCCAUCACCCUCGGCCGUCAACUCACACUCGAGCACUUGUUUAAUCUCAAGUCCACGGCGCGCGCCGCGCCACCGCGCAAAGCAUGGGUGUGCACUGACGCAAUCUUGUCACUUUUGGCUGCGUGUUCGCCGACCUUCCACAGCCAACUCAAAGCUCAAGCCCCUCGGCUCGACCUAUCUCGUCUUGGCAUCGCGUCGCUAAAGGAUUUUUUGACUCUCCAUCACCACAGCGUCCUCACGAGGGUGCCCCUGCCACCAUACAACUUUAACGUGCAACCCACGCCUGCGUUUGACACGGCGUACGUAUUGAAGCACCUCGUUGAUUUUCCCAACCCGGUGAUCGUGUGGGAAAAAUUCCACGGGCUGGUAGAGCGGUUUGCUUCCGAUGCGGCAUUUCAGCACCCUCGUGUCCUGCAAAAGCAAAUGCAAGCGCUCGUGUACGCCAUGAUGUUUCUUCUGCUACUAAAGAAGCACGCGGUCGUGCUUUCGAUCGUCUAUCGAGCUUUGCAGCUGUAUUUGGUCAAGCAAGUCGCACUCGCCCUGCUUCCACCCUCAACAACGUCCAAGCUGUGAUUCAUUAUUUGAACGACACUAACACUGAUAAUUCCAACUUUCACUCCAACAAGCAGACAGACUGAGCGAACGGAUCACUCCUAUCGUGCCCUGUUCGCGCCAGGUGGCACGACCUUUGCAGACGCUGCGGCAUGAUGCAGAGUUCCAGCUGCUGCUGCUGCAUACGGUCCACCUCAUCACCAUGGAAUUCAAACUACUCUCGAUUGCUUUAAAAGUUAAACUUGAAGGCUGGGGCCGGCGGCGGUGCCACUGAGGCUUGCUUGUCGCCGGCAGAUGUUGU